AUGAAGUUAUUCAAUUCAUUAGUAUUGGUAGUUGUAUCAUUAUUAUUUGUUUGUAAUGUUGUAGAAUCACAAACUUAUCAAACUAUACAAUUCAACCCAAAGGUUGAUUGUUCAAAUACAUGUGACUAUUUCGACGCUUCGAAUUGGUUGGGUGGUGUCGUUCCACAGUCAUCGAAUCAAAAGGCACUCAUCACUUUGCAGUCAACUUCCCGACCCCAAAAAGUCUCAGUAUCUAAUGAUUUGGUAGUAGGUGCCAUCGAUAUCAAUAAUGCUUAUAUUGCACUCAAUGCCAACCUCAAGACCAAUGUUCUCACUGUCAAUAAUUCGCAACUCGUCGCAGUCGGAGACAUCUAUAUCGGUUCAGGUGGUUUCUUCUACAGUGAUCUUAUGCUCAGUGCCAAUGUUGUGUAUAAUGCCGAAACUUCCACCUUUGAAAACAGUAUCAUCUCUUUGGAUACUGCCACCAACUUGGUGACAGGCGCCGAAUCAUCGUUUACCAACUGCCAAAUCCAUUCCGCCAAUGACGUCCAAACUAUCACCAACGCACCAGUGAUUAUCUUGUCGGGACCUACAAACAACAUGAACGGUGUAACCAUAGUCUCAUCAUCCACCAUCCAUUUGUUUGUUCAAGGAGAUGCCAGCUUUUACCAAAGCUCUGUCUAUUUGGUCGACGUCUUUGUCCAAGGUACUCUUGUCGUCGCCGAAGAAUCAAAUAUGCAAACCUCUGGCAACGUCACCGUCCUCGGCAGUAUGUGGGUCGAAGAUAUCUCCACCUUUGAAGCAACUACCAAUAGUUUGUUGGUAGACUCCAACUCGACUGUCACUGUCAUUUUCAAUAAUCUCGUUUCCACCAGCGGUGUCACUUUUAGUCUUACCGAAAUAUAUUUAACCGUUUUCAAUCAAAGUCAAGUAUUGGGAGAGUUGUCGGCCACAUCAUGCUCUUAUUUGGAUAUCUUUAACUCGACCUUCCAAAACUUGAUCUUGCAAGGUUACACUUCUACCGCCGUCUACCAAACAUUGUCUUCAGUCAACAAUAUCGAAGCUCUCAACGCAUCAUCACCCAUCUAUUUCGAGUAUCAAGGAUACAACAAUCUCGACGGUUCCUCUGCCUCUUCUGACUAUUACCUUGGUGUCAUUCUAUUGAAUUCAUCGGUUCUCGAGUUAUCCGGUGUCAAUACCAUCCAAGGUGAUUCAUCGUCCAUUUCUCUUUUUGAAAAUGCCACCCUUUCAAUGAACAAUAUUGCAUUGACCGUCCCAAUCAUCAUGUCUGCGUACAAUGGUAGCACAAUCACUGCCACCAACGGUGAAAUCACAUCGUCCAUUCUCUUGCAAGAGGCUAAUGUCGUUUUGGGAGGUAUCCAAAUCACUGGUGAUGUGUAUUUGACCAACUGCAACGUCACCUCUUCCGACAAUGUAUUCAUUAGAGGUAAUUAUAUGGCCAAUACUGACAGCCAGUGGAAUAUCAACUACCCAUACGACCUACCGACCAACAGUCAAUCAUCGAUCAUCACUGUCACCGGUCAAUUCGUCGGCAGCUUGUCACUCGGUCUCGUCUCCUCAAAUGGAACACCAUCUGGUAUCCCAACAGUCGUUGCCAACACCCCCUACUAUAUCUUGAGUUCAUCAGAAUCGAUCCCAUCAUUUGGAUACACAUUCUCUACUCCAUCCGUUACAACUCUCACCCCACACUUUGAAGUUGUCUAUCAAUACUAUACAUACUAUCUCACCGUUACAUUUAAAAAUAAUUAA